CUACUGCUCCAACAAGAUGUCCGUUCUGGUCGCUAGAGAUGAACCAGCGGGGCGGGGGGCGAGCCGCGAUACACAACUACGACGGGCGGGAUCACCGAUCGAAGCGGAUGAAGGCAAACAAGGCAUGGCAAGGCAGGCGCGAAACGAUUUCUUUUUUUGUCUCUCUUGUCUCUGUCUCUUUUCUGUUUUCUGUUUUUGUUUGUUUUUGUCUCUUUCUGUCUCUUUUCUGUUUUCUGUUUUUGUUUGUUUUUGUCUCUUUCUGUCUCUUUUCUGUUUUCUGUUUUUGUUUGUUUUUGUCUCUUUCUGUCUCUUUUUGUGUCUCUUUCUGUCUCCAUUUUUGUUUAUGUCUCUCUUUCUGUCUCUCUAUAUAUUUGUUUUUUGUUGUAAGUGUGGUUAUUGUUUCCUCCCCGGGCUGUGUUUUUGUUUGUGAUGCGCCUGCAGCGCGCGUGUGCCCAUGUGUGAUGUGUGAUGUGAUUUGUUUUUGCAUUUGCAUGUUUUUUCUUCUUUCACCUUUCACACUCAAAGCCUCGAACAGAAGUUCCACCCUUUUGUUUCACACACGCUGUUGCCGCAGGCCGCACGCUCCCUUCGCUCCCCCGCCCCCCGGCAGCUUGAACGAGGCACUGAACUGCACCUCGAACGAGCGAAUGAGCGAACGAGGAACUUGUUUUUUGUUUUGUUUUGCUUUGCCGGCAUCGGUAGAGUAGAGUGAGGAACGGUUUUGCUGUUCCUCUUUCGUUUCUCAUGGACCGGAAGAGCGAUGGAUGAUGGAUGAUGGAUGGAUCUGGAAAUCGGUGAGCAGGGCCCGCGCAUCGCAUGCGAUGGAAUCUGCAAGCGCGCAUAGUUACAUAGGUUGGUAGUUGGAUGUAUGGAUGGAGGUAGGUGGAUGGAUGGAAACGGCAUCGCUAUCCGAAACGAAACACCCUCGGAUCGGAGACCACGGAGACGGAGAGUCUGAGUUUCUGCGUAGGUAGAGUAUCCACCGACGAUGAUGCG